GGUGGUGGUGGUGGUGGUGGUGUUAAGUGUUAAGUGUCAGUGUUGUGUUUGCGGUGGCCGCGUACGGAGCGAUGGACAGGAUGCGGGAGCCAACACAGCCCGACGAGGGAGGCGGGAAGGAGAACGAGAGGGAGAGAGUGGGCGGGAGUGACGCCGACAGUAACGGAAGUGUCAACGGUAGCAGGAGUGACCCAGAGAGAAGAAGCACCAGCGGCAGUGACAGGAGUAUGGACAGUGACAAGAAUGAAACAGACGAUGCCGAGGGAAGGAAGAGAAGGGUCAUAGUGCCUACCGUGUCCGAGGGAGUGCCAGAUCUGCCUCUCCACGCACAGCACAUAGGCACCCCCUCCUCCUCCUCCUCCUCCUCCUCCGUCCCAGCACCUGCCAACGUGGAGGAAGAUGGUGAUGAUGGUGAAGACUACGAGGCGGCCAUCACAGCCACAGAGUACGGGAUGUUCCAGUACUGGCUUAUCCUCAUCGGGGGGUUCGCCAACGCCAGUGACGCCAUUGAGAUCCUGUGCGUCUCCAUCUUGCUGCCGGCCGCGGAGUGUGACCUGCAUAUGACCUCAGCGGACAAGGGGUGGCUCAGCGCUAUGGCCUUCAUCGGCAUGAUGGUUGGGGGCUAUGUGUGGGGUUGCCUCGGUGACAUCUACGGCCGCCGGAACACCCUGGUCAUCUCCCUGCUGGUCAACGGCAUAUCCGGCCUGGCCUCCUCCUUCGUCCAGACCUUCCCCGCCUUCCUCUUCCUCCGCUUCGUCUCCGGCUUGGGUGUUGGCGGCAGCAUCCCCUUGGUGUGGGCGUACAUCAGCGAGUUCCAGCCGCCACACAAGCGAGGGAUGGCUCUCAGCGUCAUCGCCUCCUUCUGGAUGGUCGGAAACGUCUUGGUCGCAUUGAUAGCGUUGGCAACCAUUCCCUUCAACAUCGGGUUCGCGACGCCCAACUUCGUCUACAACUCUUGGCGCGUCUUCCUCACCAUCUGUGCCCUGCCGGCGCUCAUUAUUUCCAUCCUGAUGCUGUGGCUGCCGGAGUCCCCAAUGUUCCUACUGCUGAGGGACCGCAAGGAGGAGGCGCUGGACGUCCUUCGCAAGAUGUAUGCCAUGAACACCAACCGCUCCCCCUACACCUACCCUAUCAAGGUGUUGAGUGCGUCGGGCCUUAAGGUGCAGGGCGAUGCCAAGCUGAGCUGCUGGGGCACCUUCAUCUCCACCGUGCGUCAGACGUGGCGGCAGACCGAGGCACUCUUCAGCCGCUCCCUCAUCUUCGCCACUGUCAUCAUGCUCUUCAUCAACUUCGCCAUACAGUUCGGGUACUAUGGGCUGUGGCUGUGGUUCCCGGAGCUGUUUAAUCGCCUGGAGCAGUACUACAACGAACACCCUAAUGACAAGGUGAGCGUGUGUGAGCUGACCUCCUACCAUGGGAACGACACAGUGGUGGAGGACCCGUGCAAGGACAGCGAGGGCACCCGGGUGGAGACGGAGGCACUUAUCAACACUCUCAUCACAUCCAUCGCCCCGCUGCCGGCCAAUGUCUGGACCAUCCUCGCCAUGGACAAACUCGGGAGGAAGUUCUUCUUGGUGUUCAGCAUGGUACUGUCAGGCGUCGCAGCGUUUGGCGUUUACUUCGUCAAGUCCUCGCUCGACAACCUAAUCCUGGCCUGCAUCUUCGGGGCCGUCUCCACCAUGGGUUUCAACGCGCUCGACUGCCUGGGCGCCGAGCUCUUCCCCACGCACCUCAGGUCCACAGCGCUGGCAGUGACCCUCCUGGCGGCGCGCAUCGGGGCCAUCCUCGGCACCAUCACCUUCGGCUACCUGGUGGAUCUGUACUGCGCCAUACCCAUGUUCCUCGUUGCUGCCUUCCUCAUCUGUGGUGGUUGUCUGGGUAUUGUGCUGCCCAACACGACACGGACAGCCCUUAUGUGAGACCCAAGUUCCAUACUCACAAACAUAUCGGUCUCCCAUUGUGACUGUUUCCGAAGGGUUCAGAGAAGAUGGAUCAGGUUUUCAUGGGUGACUUUUCCAUUUGAGAUGCUGAAGCUGUGUCAAACUAUCAUCGGCGUCAUGAAACCGUCCGUGAAAACCAUAGGAACUUCUGCGAGAGGCCUUUUGAAGAGGGUAAUUGAGCAGCUGAUACGUUUAGAGAGAGAGAGAUGUACCACUGUGUUAUCGUACAAUCGUCACAUCCAUUCUGGGUUAAUUGUGAUAUUUUGACGCUAUAUAAAGGCUCUGGUUUGUAAUAUAUUUUAAUUGCACAAAGCCUUACGUGGAUAUACAUACAUACAUACAUACAUAGGAGCAAUGAUUAGCAGCCUUUUUAUUUUUUACUUAUUUAUUUAUACCUUUGAGCUGCUUCCUUUACCGUAAAAAAAAUACAUACAUACCUACAUACAUUAUAAAUUCACUGUGGUGCUGAUGUCUAUGUAUGUUAAGAAGAGAGAGAUUAAGCAUUGAUUGAUUUAGAAAGAUUUAUUUUGAUUUUGAUUGAUUUAGAGAGAUUUUAUUAUAGAGUUCGUUGGUUAUUUAUAUAUAUUUGCUAAAGUCUAGUUUCUCCCUCUGUCUCGGCACCAUAUGACCCUGCAGUUGCGGCCCCAAGAGCUGCUCUCCCCAAUAAUCAAUCCCUCGUCUCCAUGGCUUUAGAAUCAAUAUAUACUACUACUACAUUUGCUUUCACAUAUCAUAUAACAUUCCUCUCUAGUCCUUUUAUUUCCUUUAUUUAUUUCCUUUUAUUGUUUAGGGAUUUUUAGUAUAUAUUCCUUCUAUUUCUCUUCACAUUCACUAUAUUAUAUUUGCCGUCUCAUAUAUAACAUUCCUCCUCAUUCCUUUAUUUUAUCUGUGUGUUUAUGAUUCUCUGUGACAAAUUAUUCCUUUUAUUUCUGUUCCUUUUUAUUUUAUUAUACAUUAUCGCGUCACAUUUCAGCUGACAUCCCACAUUUUUCUUGUAUUUUAUCUGCGUUUUCGAUUGACUUUAACUUCUUAUUUCUUUUAUUUCUGUUCGCGUUCAAUCUACUACAUUUGCCGUCACAUAUCGCCUAACAUCCCUCCUCAUUCUUUUAUUUUAUCUAUGUUUGUUUAGGAUUUUUUUGUAUUCAUUCCUUUUAUUUCUGUUCACAUUCGCUAUUCUGCAUUUGCCGUCACAUUCUUCUUUAUUCCUUAAGUUUAUCAAUGUGUUUAAAGAUUCUCUAUGAUAACUUCCCUGUUCACAUUUCACUUAACAUUCCUCCACAUUCCUUUACUUUAUCAAUGUGUUUAAGGAUUCUAUGAUAACUUCCCUGUUCACAUUUCACUUAACAUUCCUCCACAUUCCUUUACUUUAUCAAUGUGUUUAAGGAUUCUCUAUGAUAACUUCCCUGUUCACGUUCACCUAACAUUCCUCCACAUUCCUUACGUUUAUCAAUGUGUUUAAGGAUUCUCUAUGACAACUUCCCUGUUCACGUUCACCUAACAUUCCUCCACAUUCCUUACGUUUAUCAAUGUGUUUAAAGAUUCUCUAUGAUAACUUCCCUGUUCACAUUUCACCUAACAUUCCGCUACAUUCCUUACGUUUAUCAAUGUGUUUAAGGAUUCUCUGUGACUCCUUCCAUGUAUUUCUCCUCAUUCCUUUAGUUUAUCAAUGUGUUCAGGGUUCUCUAGGCCUCCUCCUCCUCAUUCCAUAUAUUUCUGUUCACAUUUGAUAUAUUUUCCACCAUUCCUUCUGUGUCUAUUAUUUAAAAGAUUUGAUUAUUACUCUGUGCAUUCAUAUUUGUAUUUUAAAUUCAACAAUACUUUUUUCAUUCCUUAUAUAUCUUCUACACAUUAAAUAUUAUCACAAGUCUUUUUCUGCAUCCAUUCCUAUAUAUUUUCAGAUUCACCAAUACUUUUUUCAUGCCUUAUAUAUCUUCUACACAUUAAAUAUUAUCACAA